ACACACACACACACACACACACACACACACACACACACACACACACACACACACACACACAAUUCCUAUCUAGUUUGCAAAGGGUUUUCAAUCACUUUCCCUUUAUAAAAGACAAGAAAAAUGCACUCCUAUCUGUUUGUUAAUUUACGUAUCCCCCCAUUUUUUGUAAAAUGUGCUAAAUCGAAAAAAAACAAGGGAAAAACUUAUCUGUAAAGAAGAAAAAUGACAUGACAUGACAUGACAUGACACGCACGACAAAAGUCCCAUUCCACUUAAACUGUUCUACUGCAAACCUAUCUCUGACUGCCCCCCCCCCCACCUCCCCCCUGGACUCGCGUCUGUGGCACCGGCAUUACAGCAUCGCUGGUGCCGUUUACUUGUAGAUAGUUGUGUAAGGCUUUUUAGUUAUGCAUGAUCACCUUCACCUUGCUGCAUGGCUCGCAGUAGCUGUACUGUCAAGCUUCGUUACCACGUUUCCACAUAUUUCUGCGUGGCCUCACAUCAUCACGAUGACGACUGUAUAUAUCAUUCUUUUUUUUAAUUUCUCUUGUCCGUUUUGGUUUGGUUAUUUUGUACUUUCUUUUUUUUCUUUUUUUUGUUGUUGUCGUAUUUUUUUCGUUUUAUCUUUAUUUCAUUUUAUUUCUUUCUACUUCAUUCUUUUUACGUUUUUUUUUUUUUUGUUUUAUUCCCAUUCUCCCCCCCUUUUCUUCUCUCUCUCAUUCUCUUUCUCUCUAUAUCUUUCUUUUAGUUUAUUUUUCUUUCUGUAAUUUGAUUUCCUUUAGCCUUUCUCCUAAUCAUUCGAUCCUCCAAUCUACCCAAUCAUGUUUUUUUUUUUUUUUUUUUUUUUUUUUAUUCAAUGCAUUUCUUAUUUAGCAAAGGAAGCGACCGAGAAGGUUAUGUGGAGACAUCCCUUUAAUUUACAAAUUCUGGAAAAUGGGCAAUAAAUUAAUAAAUAAACAAAUGGGGGAAUAAAUACAAGAAAUAGACGAAAGGAGAGAGAUGCAUUCACAUACACUUCCUGUUCAGAUGGGCUUUAAGCAUGUCGCAUGGUCUUUACCUAACAUAGGGUAUAUUGCAUUUUUUUUUUCUUCUUUUUUUUUGAAGUAUUAUUUUCAUGCAUAUAAAAUAACUUGUUUCGUUUGGAAGGGGCUUUUUUUUCUCUGCGAGUGUUGGUGUAUUUUGCGCAUUUAUGUGACUAACAUCUAACUUCGGAAGAAUACAUUUUCUGACGGUUCAAUUUUUUUUUUUUCUUUAUUUUAUAUAUUGGCAGUUCUGUGGCACAGUUAUGGUAAUCUGGAUAUUUCCCCAAGCCUGUAUUUAAGGCAAAUUUUGGGGAUGAUAUUGAUAGAAGUCUACACUUACUUUUUAUUAGAUUUAUGGUAACAAAAGCAUAAUGAAUAAAAAAACGGCACUUUACCAUUUUAAAACUAAUAUACAGAAAAGUAACGUCUUUCCCCUCUAAUCUACGUUUUGUCUUAACUUCCUGUGAAGCACAAGAACAGAAACAUAAUUCCCUUUCUAAAAAUAAAAGACACAAAAUCCGUCUCGGCUUACCUGAUCUGAGUCACGUGACCCGGAUUUAGUUUGUAAAGCCGUCUGAGGUUAUGUUUCGGUUGAUCGAAGUUACACUAUAUGUUUCCAAAAAACAUAAUCCCAUUUCUAAAAAUCGACUUUUAAAAUCUGUCCAUCUGUUCAGUCUCGCCAUGCGCAUGACAACGAUUAUUACUGUAUUUUAGUCGAUCUUACGUGACCCGGACUUAUCCUGUCAUUGUUGGGGUUACGUUUCGGCUGAUCGAAGUCAUAACGUGUAAUAUGUUAAGAUUUGUCAUGAUGCAUAAUUCAAAGUUUUCGACGUCACUGCUAAACACAGAUCCUUAAUUCUGCGAAACAUGUGGCUGAAAGCACCUAAAUAUACACAAAUAGGCAGAAAGACAAAUACAACAACCAGUCAAUUAAAAACUAAACGUAUUAAUAAACGUGUUGCCAACAGCUGCAGUCGCAAUAGAUCAGAAUGUCGUUUACAGAUAGUUUAUUACCGUUACUACUGCAUUUUACUUCUCUGUCUAGUCUUCAUUUUAUUAAUUAUUUAUCUUUAUCUAUUUAUCAUUAUUAUUCUUUAGUUCUGCAUCAGUUGGAUUAUCUGCACUUGUGACUUAUAUCUGUCUUAUCAAGCGUGGGUGUGGCCGUGGCUCUAAAGGGAGACGAUGGAGAUAGAAGGAAGAUGGGAGAGGGAGGAAAGGAAGGAUAGAAGAGAAUGGAAAGGAGAGAGAAAUGAGGAGAAUGAAAGGGGAAUAGAGAAGAGGGGGGAGGGGAAGAGAAUAGAGGGUGGAAGAGAGAGAGAGAGAGGGGAGGGUGAAAGGAAAAGAAUUGAGGAUGGAAGGGAGAGAGAGGGAAGACGGUGGAAGGGAGAAAGAAAGAUGAGGAUGGAAGAGAGAGAGAGAGAAGAGAAUGGGAAGGAGGGGAAGUUGGUAGACUGAAAGAGAAGAAACAGGAAUAAGAGUAAAGAAUAAAGCAUAGAGAACAGAGUGACGCGGGAAAGUAAAAAAAAAAAAAAAAAAAAAAAAAAAUCGGAAAACACACGAAGUUCAUGUCUAGCUGCUGUUUUGUCUCCAUCCUCGUCCACCUGAGCUAUUGCCACAACCCCCUGGUUCUUACCUUGAAAACUGUUCCCAACUCCCGGCAUAAUAUCGAUAAAGAAAGUCUAAAAAAAAAAAACGAGAAUUGCCACCAAGGUCAUCCUACAAUACGGCCUGAAUUGUAAUAAAUCUUGACAGAAUAACAGGAAAAGUUGCUAAGCCAAUGUCACUGCAGAUAUUUUCACGCAAGGGAGUUGGCAUCAGCUGAUAGUGCGGUACAUCUAGAGUAUUACAGUAAACUCGAGAGGUUCUCACUAUCCGGGGUAUGCAUGUGUUCUCAUGCUCAUUCUCAUUGUGGACAGACUCUUGUCUCUGAAAGGCUUAUGUGUAGAUAUGAAUGCGAUGCUGUCUUUGCACUCUCCAUAUAUGCUUCGGUGAAUGACUGGACAUCGACUUCGGUAAUUAGCAAAUGGCUGGCUAAUAGAGGGGAGUUUAGAUAAUCCUUUUCCUUACGAUAUUUUUCUUAAAUUAAGAGCCUCCUUAAAGAAGUGAUUUGGUGUCAAAUAACCGUUGUUGGCGUAUAUAUGCGUUUGGUUUUUGUUUCUUUUUUUUGUCUCAAGGAACAAAAUUCAUGUGUAGUAUUGAGUUUCCUUUUCUUUUUAUAUUUCUGAUUGUAUCGUAUUAAAAGAAAUGCGAUAACUUUUUUUUUAUAUCGUCGCUAUGAUUGGUGUUUAAGCAUUGCAUUAAGACAACAAUACCUUGUAUGAUGCAUAGAAAAAAGUAUAAGCUUGCAUGUUCUCAAGACUUAAACACUACCAAUUCCUCUUAUAUAUAGUUUAAGAUCCCCGAUCAAUAUCCCAACUAGCCUUAUGUAAAGAAAGCUUCACUCCCCAGCCACGAACCAAGCAUCAGGCCUGGUCUAGUACUAAGUUCACUCCCCAGCCAAGAACCGGGCGUCACACCUGGCCUAAUACUAAGAUGUUAGCUCGACACGUGGUGUUAUUUUGCACAUUGCUCUUUCGCGUGGAGUGUUCUCUCAGCAAGAGACGGCGGCCAGGAGGCGUUGGUCGACCGUUGCGUGGCGCGCACAGGAGGCGUCGCCCGAUCCGCCGCGCCGCCCAGACGCCUUCGACCGCCACAGCGUCUGCUUCUCUGAAUGGUGUCUUAGACAGGCAGUCCCGUUUCUUACUCUAGGCCUAUCAUCUAAAAGUUGAUAUACAAUUAUUCCGCUGCCGCAUGCUGGCGGCGGCGGUGAAGCAGCCCCACCGUUGCAAAGGUCUCCGUCACAACCCUGUAAAAGCUUUCUGCUCCAGGAACCUCUAAAUUGCAUGUGACUAAACUUUAACCAUGAUUCAGACACAAGAUAAACAAAUUAUACAUACCAUGUGUAUUUUUCCAUUUACACUAUAAAAAUGAGGAGAGUAAGUCAAGUAGGCGACGUGUUCAUGUUGGCGUCUGCUGUACCCGCUGCCGCCCCUGCCCCGCGCUCCUGCCUGCCUCCUGUACUGUAUUCUUGCCCCACAUCUUCACUUGGGCUGUUGCAUUUUCUGUAUUAUCUAUUGUUCUUAGAUUUAAUAAACUACUAGAUUUGGGGAUCCCCCUCAUUGUAUUUCAGAUUUUGUAUAUGUAAAUAUGAAAGAUAAAAUUAGCUAUCAGGCUUGAAGAUAAUUGAUGUAGUUAAGUGUAGAUAAAUCUGAUGGUUGAUUAUAGAUUGUUGAUAUCACUGAAUCCCCAAUAAUGUGCAAUUGAGUCUACCACUGGGUUCAUCUUCCAUCAGGAAGGAUGGAGCAUUACUGUUGAUCUCCUAGACUUGAUGGUCAGGACGUGGCUGUGGGUUGCUAGGAGAACACACCUGCUCGCCGCCUCUCCAGUAACGGCCGCAUCAUCGUUUUCUUUCAGCGGGCGGGAGGGGAGACUGAGGAGGAGCCGACAGAGCCCCGUCUCGAUUGCGCUCUCUGCACUCAUCCUCACCACCGCUCUCCUCUAUACACGAAACCCGCGAGCAUGACUUAGGACAUAAUGCGAGGAUGGCUUUUCCUUUCAUUCAAGUCAAUCAUUUGUAAGUUAUUUCGAGUUAUUGGGAUGUUGCUCGUGCUUCCCAACAACCAUAUUAGCUCUCGAUGCUAGCCAUUUAUUCUUUGUUAACCUAACCGUGCAAACGGCACGAAAACUUUGAGUUUAUUUCAUUUUUAUACCGAGUUCAUAUUUUUUCGUAAGAGCAACACUAUCUUUAACAUAAAAAGUCGGGCAUUAGACAGUUCCUACCUCUGUUUCGUCAGCCUUUUCCGCCGUGUCCUUCGGUCGUAAAAUUCCCAGCCGUCCAACCAUAUGUGCUAAGGCUCAUCCUCGUUGAGUGGACUCGGUCCCGGUUUGGUGCGUAGAGGCUUCCCAUCUGACACCCAUCACUCAGUAGAGGGGCAUUUUAGACAGAGCUUAGCCUAGCGUGACUAAGAAGGGGAUGCACAUGGAGACAGGUCUCUAUCCCUGGGGUAACCAGCUGCAUGGUGUCGCCACCACCUCUCAGUCGGCCCUAGUCCUCAUCACUGUAAAUUAAACCCCACUAAAUUUACCGGAUGGGAUUUAUUGGCAUUGUUAAUAUUCAGUUUCAUAUGGAUGCAUGCUACCUGUUUCUCAUUAAAAAGAAAGAAAAAAAAAACAUUUUCAAAAUUGUCGAGAUGAAUACAAAAUUUUACUCUGAAACACGGGCAUAACCAGUCCUGACAUUGGAGGGUUCACUAAAGAAAAAAAAUAUCCAAAGCGCCUGGGUUUCCAAUAACCACAUACUUAUAUGGCCGCUUUACUUGAAUAUCCCGUUGUGAUCAUCUAGCUUAUACAGACAGGAGUUAAAAGAUUUAGCGGACAAACACCCCCAGUUAACCCGCCUCAAAACACUGGGACACAUAACCAAGAACCCCCCUGGCUACGCCUGUGUAAUAAAUAAUUGGCUGCAAUAUGGGAAAUGCUGGUAUAAGGGACUUCGAAUUAUAACUUGUCUUGUUGCACUUCAAUAAUAGCAAAAGUAAAUAUAAACUGCUUUGAAUCAAAUAUUGUUUUAAAAAUGAAAUAAGUAAUCAUAACAUUUUCUUGGCAAAACCAAUCAAUUAGAUCGCGUCCUCCGGUAAAUUUAUUCCCUUACCAGUUUAUAGCUAGGUCUGCUGUCAGAUAUGCCAUUCAGGUUUGACAUGUGAUGUUAACGUUUUUUAUCCUUACCUUGCAGAGUGCAAAGCUAACCUAGCACUCUAGCCACAUUUGCAGGAGCGAGUCGACCCCUGGCUGAGGAGUAGAGCAGUGAGUGUCCGCAGGCUGGGUAAGUGGCUCCCUCUUGUGCUGAAGUCUUUCAGGCCCUCCUCACCCACCAGUCACCCCAGCUCCCAUAACGCUAUAACCACCUCACUCUCAGUCACUGUCAGACAUGCACAACAACCUAGUCUGUUUGUUUGUUUCAGAGGUAGUGCCGGUCCCCGGCCUGUGUGGGGCGGCUACGCUGCCUAUCACCUUCCGAUGCAUGAACGACAAAUGCGGCGUGGAUCCCCGAAUCUCCCGCUUCGUGCUUCCCAUCGGCGCCACAGUUAACAUGGACGGAACAGCUCUGUUCGUGUCCGUCGGCACCGUCUUCAUAGCUCAGAUGAAUGAAAUCUCGCUUGGUGUUGGGGAGUACGCAACUAUUGUCGUUACGGCAACCGCUGCCAGCGUUGCCAGUGCCAGUGUGCCAAGUGCUGCACUUGUUCUCAUAGUCAUCGUUCUCACAGCCGUUAACUUGCCAGCCACGGAUGUAUCUCUUCUCUUCACCAUCGACUGGCUUGUCGACCGGUUCCGAACCACGAACAACAUGCUCGGCGACUGCUAUACCGCCGCCAUCGUGGAGCACUGGAGCCAGAAGGAGCUGCAGGCCAUGGACGCCGAGAACAGCACCGAGACCAAUCCCAAUGACGUGGAAAAGGCAGCCGACCUCACGCCCCUGGUAACCCGCCUGCAUGACACCGACCCUGAUCCAGUGCCGCAUGACCUGCCAGUGCUGCUUAAGGGCACGGACAAUGGGAAGCUGAUGGCAGGCAACGAAAUCCACGUUGAGGUAGAAGUAAACCAGAAAGACACGACUACAACCAAAAUGUAAACUCACGCAGGACGAGGAUUUGACACAAAACUUUUUUUGAUAAGAAUUCAGACAAGUUUGUUGAAAAUUUUCUGUAUAUUUUCAGAGAAAUUUGUGUGAAUGUGUGGAGCUAAACAUUCUUUGCAUUCUUAAGUCUUUAGAGAUAUGAGACAAACACUAUAGAGAAGAGAUUGGUUCAGAAAGGUAAAUUCACAUAGGACUAAAAUGGAAGUUAUAAGGAUACGAGUAACUGAUGAUCAAAUUAAUUUUACUUGUAAUUAUGAGUGAGAAAAAAAAACCCUGUUCAGAAGUCAAAAGAUUAUAUAAACAUUAACCAUGCACUGAGAGUUGAAAAAUUAGCAUGUAAAAACCUCAGAAUACUUUAGAUGAUAAUACAUUUUUUUUUUUUCACCCCAAAGGCAGUCUAUCAGUGGUGUUGAAAUAAGAAUGUUAACGGCCAAAAAUCAUAGAGACAAAGCAAAUAUGGGUGCUAUUUUUCAAGAAUUUCAGAUGAUCCUAAUGGUUGUUUAAUAUUGUUAAUACUGAAGGACAUUAAUGGGAUAAGGUAAGGAUAGUCAAGUAACUACAUAUGACAGCUACUUUGCUGGAAAUCCCUUUCUAUACCCAGUAAAUAUCCUCAAGGAAUGAGAUAUAUUAGUGAGAUGAUAGUUUUAAGUGAAUAUAUAUAUAUAUGAAUAUAUUUAGACAUCGAAAUGUCUAGCCAACAGUAGGAUAAAAAGUGAUAAUAAAGGCAUUGUUCUUUUUGAGAUGUGUAUAAAUGUUAAUUGAAGAUUGACAUUAUAGAUACAUAAAUUUUGACAAUGCCUUAGCAGAGAUCCAAUAGAAUAUUAGAUAUAGACAAUGGAAUGAGUCAGAGGCACAUUAUCAACAAAAUUAUGUGGUUGAUUAACAGGUACAAUUGGUUUACCCAAUAAUUAACCUCAUAUUUUAGGAUUUUUUGUCUAAAUCACACACCUCAGGGUCUUGUGGAAAAGAUUUAUACUUUGAGAUUCUGGCCAUGACUCCUUGCAUGCUGCAAUAUACCUUACUGUAUGAUAAGCCUGAUAUAUCUCAUGCUAAGAAAUUAAUUGUAAUGGUCAUGGGAGUACAAUGAUCAACAUUGAAUUUCACUUGUUACUAUUAUUACUCUGUAUUAAGCAAUCCCCUUUUAGAACAUUCAUGGAUCACUUUUGAAAAUGUCAUUGUUUCGAGAUAUAGUAUUACCACAUUAAAUCUCAUUGCUUCUGCCAAUAUAACAGGUGAAUCAAGAAUGUGAAAGCUCUAUUGUAUGUGAUUUUAUGGACUCUUCUAUGGAUAAAUGGCACUGAACAUUCAUGGAAUAUGGAAUGUUUAGAGCGUUUAUUCCUCAGAUGUAGACAUUUUACUCCAUUGCCCAUAUUGGGUAAAUAUAGAGAGUAGUUGGAGUGGUAUCACAGACAUUGGGAUCCAGUAGAUUGUAUGUAGAAGGAUUAUUCAGUUUCUUUUAAGGAAAGCAGUUAUUCAGAUUUCAGUCUUUGUUUAAAGUUGUUGAAAAAAAUAAAUCAAUUUGAUGUGAGAAUCCAAUUAUUCUUUUAGAUUUUGAGACUACUAGUCUUUACCUUGAGUAUGUGGAUGUACUUGUUAAUGUACACAAUGUAUUUUAGCACUACCUUCAUUUUCUUAGCUGGAAGAGAAAUUGUUCCACAUAUGAUUUGAUUAUAUGUGAUGCUUCAAGUUAAAAAUGUUUGUUGAAAAUCUUUGUGAUUAUAACAUUCAUGAACUGCCUUGAAUGUUGAAUUUUUUUGAGAAAUUGAAGGCAGUGAGAAGUACUUUUAUGACACUAAUGUUCUUGUUUUUAAAACUAACAGGUUUUGAAUUUCCAGUACAAAGACUAGUAAGAUGAAUGAUACAAUUUGAAAUUGCAAUUUGAAUAACUUCAACUUGUCUGCAGUGUCAUAUGGAAACCUAUGGGGAUAUGCGAGUAGAGUAUUUAUUUGAUCUCCAUGUUAAUGUGAUAAAUUUUGAGUUAGUGAAAAAAAACUUCAGUAUUGUUAAAUACAUUCACAUACUCUCAGAAGUUGCAAGUCUUAGGUGGCAGAUUUUAGACAAGUUUAUUUUAUAGUAUCUCGCAGAGUGAACUGAUGACCCAGAAAUUCCCUCCCCGCUCCAAAAUAACAGACAGAAAAUAGCAAAAUUAUUAACUUCUUCAUUAUGCUGUAACUAUCAAAUCCUUUUGUUCAUGCUAAAUCUUUUGUACCCACACACAUGCAAUGUUUUCUGUGUGUGGGAGAACAGAUAUUACUCCCACAGACCAUAUCUAUAUAAUUAGCAGGAUAUCUUUCAUUCAGAAAAAUGGGUCACUUCAGUUUCUCACUCAUGAUGAACUUUUCCAAGUUAGUGUACUAACUUUUGUGGUUGAAUAUGAAACCCUAUCAACUUGUUAAAAGUUUCUUUUUGUAACUUGUGAAUGCUGCCAAUUAUAAGUUAGAUAACGGCUUUGUGUUAGGCGUGCACCCAACCAUUGUAAAUGUUGAUGUGGUACCUAGUGUUAUUCUAGCAAAGGCUCAUACCCAUUGUCAAUGAUGUAUUGAAUAUUUAGAUUUAAAAUCAAAGGCAGACUCAAGCAAAAGAACAAAUGAAUCGACAAUAAAAUCCAUUGAACAGAAUGGCAAUAACUGGAUGUAAGGUAUGUCAGUGACUUGUAAAGAUUCAACACACACUCAUAUGAGUUGAUCCAUAAAUAUAGACCUGAAGUCCCUGGGUCUUCCCUUAGGUGGACACUGAAGACUCCCAAGAUCUAGGUAUAAUUCAUGAAUACGAUUAAAUUUCAGUGUGAUGAAAUGCACUGUCUCAACAACAUUAAUUUACAUUUUACAGUUGAUGGUAAAUAGCAUACUAGAUAAAAGUUUGCCAACAUUUGCUUGGCAUGUCUUGUUAUUUUCUUCAUGGCAAUACAAUGACUACUAUGAUCUUGGGAUCCUUAAGUCUUCCAGCAUCUAAUGAUCAGGAUUAUAGGAUCAACAGUAUAUUCUUGGCAGUAUUAUAACCUUUACUAUUAAGGCCAACAAAAUAUUGAAUGCCAACUUUAACUGUUGUUCUAGUUAUAACAGCAAUUAUAUAUAUAGGCAGGUGUAUAUAUAUAUAAAGCUGCAUGCAUCAAAGCAAUGAUACAUCACUUUCCUUAGUUAUCACUUAAGUAAGCACUAAGAAAUUUGAUUUGUUAUGAAAUCAUAACUCCAUAUUUUAAACAGUUUGUUACACCAGGUCUUAUUGACCAUGUACUUCCAAGAACACCACAAUCACUAGUAGAUUUGACAGGUGAGGUUGUCUUUUAACAAGAGCAUUAAAGAACUUUUAAGUCAGUGACACCAGUUAUAUCAACAACUUCUUGAUGAGUCAUCAUACCAUCUCAAGAUUUUAUUUUCACCACAAGGAGAUGUCUUUCCUGAAAGCCAAAUGACCAAGGAGUCAAAGCAAGAUGCACAAGAAUGCAUAUAAUCAAUCAUCUGCACAGUGUGAUCAAGGCAUACAAUACAGUACAAUCAAAUCUAACAUCAAUCUUAAAUGAAGUUAAUAUGCAUGAUGGUUGAGGAGGCCACGUUACAUUACAUAUCAUCACUAUGUUGUUUUGGCAUGUAAUAUUAUUGUCAUUACCUUAUAAUGGACCAAUUUCUAUAUGGAAAAAUAAGUAUUUGUUACAGCAAAAAACAAGAAAAAUCCAUAUGGAAAAAAAAGACAGAAAGGCUGUAGCAGUUUUUUUCUUUUUUUUUCUUAAAAGAAAAUAAAAAAAAGAAAAUUCCAGGAAAUGUUUCGCAUUUAUGUAAAUAGACAAAUGUCACAAGUUAAAUAUAUAUCCCAAUUAUAGCACAUACAAUAUUGCAUAAUAAAUUAAGAAGGCCAA